GGAGCGGGGUUGCCGGGUCUCUCGGGGAGGUUUUGGCAGGCGCGGGGCCUGGUGAGGGAAGAGAGCGGCUGUCGCAGGGCCAGCUCAGGGAUGGAGCCUCCGUCUCCAAAAGUUUUCAGCCUAGGAAGACAAACAUACACAACAUAAUUACUUCACUUCAGGGGAGUGUUUAGAUCCUGCUCUCCAAGACGACGCCCCAAAGCAGGUCUAAAGAAAAAUGAAUAAAACAAAGCAACCGAUUUUUAAGAAUUUGCCACCGGGGUAAAGAUUAAAGUGUGUGUGUGUGUGUGAAUGUAUGUAUUUUUUUCCCUGUUUGAAAAGUCCGCCCCCCCCCUCCAAAAAAGGAAAGCUUUUUCCUUUUAGCUUGCUUUGAUCGUGUGACACAAGGAUGUCUUGCUCUGCUUACAUACCUACUGAAUGUUGCAGCAGUGGCAGGAGGCCCUGGAGAGUGUCAAGAGGUGGCUGGGAGUGCUAUGGUUACUAUGGGCUCCACGUUAGGGGCCACAAGGCAGGGAUGGGGAAAGUUUUGUUUGCUUCAUUUCUACAGUCGGGUUGCUAUUAACGGCACAGGAGCAAAACCAGUAAAAGAAAGGUGGCAACACUGGCUGCUCUGGUGAAUAGUUUCCUUGGCGCAGAGGCUGUAAUUGUGGGACAUACUUUGCUGCAAGUUUGCACACAUUGAAAGAGUGGAAUAAUGGCUGUCUUUCCUUAAGUGAUCUAUUGAAUUUAAGUGAUCUAUUGAAUUUCCUUAAGUGAUCUAUUGAAUUUCCUUAAGUGAUCUAUUGAUCUUCCUGCUUGGCAGGGGGUUGGACUGGAUGGCCCUUGUGGUCUCUUCCAACUCUAUGAUUCUAUGAUUCUAUGAAUAGCUUCUAGGGGCUGGUUUGUAAUAUUUUGGUCUUACUUCUAACCCUUUGUAACCUUAACUAACCCACCUUUGCUGCAGAGAGGUGUGCCUGGUUGAUAACAAAGAGGGAAUUGCUGGACAACUGAGAAGAUCUUGCUUUGGGCAAGCAUUUGCCUCAAAUUUUCCUGCUACCUGUCAAGAUGAAGAUGUGUUGAAGCCCAAAAGGGGGCAGGGACCUCUUCAUUCUGCAGCGAUGGAUGAGGAGAGUUUGGAAGCAGCAAUCCAGACCUAUAAUGCCCAGCUGCAGCAAGUGGAGCUGGCUUUGGGAGCUGUGCCGGACCCAACACAGGAACCUGACCUGAUCCAGCUGCAGGCGGAUUUAAAGCAGCUGAUAGAACUGACAGAAUCCAGCCUGGUUUCUGUGAAAAAGAGCAAGCUCUGUGCAACUUUGGACCCAGGAACGCUCUCCACAUCUUCAUCCAAUCCUCUCCAGCCAGACAAGCCACUGAGCACAGAUGAUGAAUAUGCCGCUUUUAAGGAAGCCAUUGCUGAAACGGGUGGAGAGGAUGAGACCCCAGACGCUCAAGAUGUGGAGCAAGAAGGAGAGGAGGAGGAGGAGGAGGAAGAUGAGGAGGAGGAGGAGGAAGAAGCCAGUGGGAUGAAAGUGAAAGCCCCAUACUACAGUUCUUGGGGCACCCUAGAGUACCACAAUGCCAUGAUUGUGGGGAGUGAAUCUUUGGAAGAUGGAAGCCGUGGGGUCAGAGUGCUCUAUCUCUACCCCACCCACAAAUCCUUGAAGCCGUGCCCCUUCUUCCUGGAUGACAAGUGUCGGUUUAAAGAGAAUUGCAGAUUCUCCCAUGGGCAAGUUGUAUCUGUGGAGGAGCUGCGCCCCUUUGAGGAGCCCAACCUCAGCUGCCUUGCUGUGGGCUCAGCUUGCCUGGCAAGGCAUCAGGAUGGGAUCUGGUAUGCUGCUAAAAUCACAGACAUUGACAGCGGUUACUACACAGUGAAAUUUGAUUCGCUGCUCCUGAAAGAAGCAGUUUUGGAGGGAGACGGCAUCAUGCCUCCUCUCCGUGGCGAGGAGAGCUCAUCCUCCUCGGAGUCGGAAGGUGAUGAAGUGGAUGAUGCCGGAUAUGCCAAAGUUAUCGACUCCAGCACCCCUGAGAAUGGGGAAGGGACCUCCUCUUGCAGUUCCUCCUUCGGCAGCUGGGAGGCGCAUACUCGUGGCAUUGGCUCCAAACUCCUUGUUCAAAUGGGGUAUGAGUUUGGCAAAGGUUUGGGGAAGAAUUCAGAGGGCAGAGUGGAGCCAGUCUUAGCCGUUGUGCUGCCCAAAGGCAAGUCCUUGGAUGAGUGUGCCGAGAUCCUCCAGAAGAAGAGGGAGGGGAAGAUUGGUCCAGCCAAGCCCAGAAAACGGCGGGCGAAAGGCAACCAAGCUGCCCGGCCUACCCGGCAGGGCCCAAAGCCCUCCCGAAAUGUGUUUGACUUCCUGAAUGAGAAGCUUCAGGGCCAGGACCUCGGUGAGCAGGAGGCAGGGCUGGCGCCCCUAGAGAGGAGCAGCAAGGAGAUCUACCACGCCAGCAAGAGCACAAAGAAGGCUCUGAGCGUCCGCCUCUUCCAGAUGGUGGAGAAAAUCGACCAAACCCAGAAGGACAUCCGAGGGAUCCAGGAAGCCCUGGCACGCAACAUCGGGAGGCACACGGUUGCCACAGCUCAGCUGGAGGAGAAGCUUGCCGGAGCCCACAAGAGACUGAGCGAGCUGCGGGCUCAGGAGGCCAGUCUCCAGCGAGAGCAGAAGAAAGCCAACACGCACAAGAAAAUGACCGAGUUCUAGCCUCUCUUCUUCUCUCCCGCCCUUCAUCAGGCUGGGCCAUUUUCGCUGGUCUGGAAGCAGCCAUGCUAUUCUACAAGUGUGGAGGGAGGGAGACCUUGCUAUCUCUUGAGCUGGCAGACAGGCUAGUCCUGCUCUUGCUUCGUCCUGGCUGCACAGCAGGGCUGAGAAACAGGUGCUGAGGAUGAGGUGAGUGGCCCAGAGCCGUGGACACCUUAAUGCAAAGGUAGCCAAUGUGGGGUAUAAUAGGUGUCUCUGGGCUCAAGCUCCUAUAAUCCCUGACAGGGCCUGAUGAGUGUUGGCAGCUUGGCAACAUCCAGAGAGUGCCAGGUCAUUGCCUCUCUUUUGUUAUGCAUAAUUGGCUUCCUAAAGAGAAAAGCUGCAAGGUGAUGCACCUACUUGGAGCUGCAGAGAACGUUAAUCAGGCAUGGGAGCCGCUAGCAGAAUCCUGCCCUUCUCCUGGCCAUUUCCCUGUCUGUCUCCGGCUCUCUCCAUCCUUGCCUCCCAGGAUUCCUUGGCAAACUUCUUGAUGGUGGGUGAUCUCCCCAUCCAACUUGCAGCAAAGAAAAGCACCAUGAGAAGAAGGAAGAGAGAGGGUGGUGCUGUGCCGGGUUCUCUAGCACCCGUGCAGUCCUCCUGAUUGGCGGAAGGAACUGCUGCAGCAUCGUGCGCGGCAUCCGCACCAAUAGUCAGGUGCUAGAAGUGUGGCAGUGUUGCCUCCCUGUGCAACUCCUGGGCAGGGAGGGUUUAACAGCCAUGUGAAAAGAAGCUCGGAGGACGGCUGGUCGUUCUCACUGGCCCACACCAGCAGCAGUUCAGUUCUUUGUGGAUUCUUGGCCUAUAGUCCCCUGUGCUCUGUCACAUCCAAUCCCGGCAAGUUUGAAGGCAGAACCGCCCCCCAUAAGGUCUCCUUAAAUCAGAGGUGGGGAAAUCUGCGUCCGUCCCCAUGUUGUUGGGACUCUAGUUCCCAUCAUCCUUGACCACUGGCUGUGGCUAAUGGGAGUUGGAGUCCCAACAACAUGGGGAUGGCCACAUGCUUUGCAGUCUGAAACGGUGUGCAAAGCUGGUCACGUGUGGCCUCCAGGCGCAGGCUGGGCCUGCAUUGCCGCGCUCCCAAAUCUAGCCUGGAAUCCUAUGGACGGGGUGGAGGAAGGAGUACAAGAGGCUUUCAGGUGAUGUCUACCCCCACCCCAGAACAACAACCACCAGGUGGUGAGUUCUUCUGUGUUCAUGCAACCCCCUUCUGAAGUAUCUGCCUUCAGAUACUGACAGCAGAGCAGAGAAAAGCCACUCUCAUUCUUGCUCACCCCUGCAGCCCCACGGGAGAGAUAGCAUCAGAGAAGUGGGUAAACUGUUUGGUCUCAGGAAGAAUGCUCUGCUGAGCUGUGCGGUGGUGAAGAACAAUGGUGGGUUCUGUGUUUCGGGGCAGGCUUAGACAUCUGUGUAGCUUCCUGUGCAUGUUUCCUUUCAGGUUGGUAAAGAUUAUUUUGAGUUAAAAGAACAAUUGUCAUGCUGGCUCCUUUGCUUUCUGGGUCUUGGGAGUUUCCUUUCUGGGUCUUGGGAGUUUUUACGUAGCUCAGGUUCUAGUGUGUGUGUGUGUGCUUUUGCAUGUAUGAUAUACGAUGCAUCUUCAUUUGCAGUCGGGUUUGCAAAAUAUAAUUCCCCAGCAAGGAAGUGGUCUGGUUUUCUUCAGCUGUGCCUGGGCCAUCUAAUAGAGAUAAAUCUACCCUGUAAAAAGCACUGGGGGCCAGAAGAAGAGCAGCCACUCGGUUUAAAUUCCUGUUACAUCCCUCCCCCCACAUCCUUGAAUUCUGUUAGAGAGGCAUCUUGUUCUCCUUCCAUUUCCCAUUUCUAAAGGAGCAAUCUUUGGCGAUCCCUCAUAGCCAAGUAAGAUUGUCUUUCAUAAACAUGGUUUUAACAAUGGGUCCGUAAGUGACUGUGGAGGCCAAUUCUGGAUCCACACGUCCUUCCACAGUAGGGACAUUGGUUUCCGGGUGGGAGUUGAACACGGUGUGGAUUUGCCAAGCGUGCCUUCCUCUUCGCACGUUUCUCCCUUGCGUCCUGAGUUUGAGUGUUUUCAAAGCCCAUGACACCUUUGGUAAAGUAAAGGAGGAAUAGUGACAUAGAGACAAACGUAAGGAAUUCUCUCCUAAUCUGCCCAUUAAAAUGUGCUGUAUUUGUGCUAGGUGCCAAAUCCCACCCUGCUGGGUACAAUACGUUCAGCUCCCUGUUUAAAACAGGGUGGGGUGUUAUCCUCAGUAAAUCUGAAAAAGCUACUCCUUUGCUAGGGUGACUGGGUCUUGUCAGGUUCUUCAACACACCGGCGUUCUUGUUUAAGGCUGCAAUGCUUGUUUUGCUUUAAAAAAAAAAUCUAGGACUAAGAACCACUGAAUCCAGUGGUGCUUAUUCUAAGCAAAUGUGCUCAAGGUCGGGCAGUACAGAUACGCACAUGACAGCAGGUUCUGCGUCCGGGUCCACGUAAACCACAGGGCACAUGCUAUGCCUGAAGCAUCGUGGAAGGUUGGCAGCACCAGCUUCUCCUGGUCUUAAAUGCUGAGCAGGUUUCCAGUUCUCAUGGGGGGGGGGGGGAAGGCUAGCCAGACGAAGCUCCCAAUUGGGGAAAGGAAGCAAGAGUCCUGAUUCCCCAGGUUUUGUGCCAGUCAUAAUUCACUCCUUAGACCACCCUCACUUGCUACCCUUAGUAAGUGGGAACUAAAGGUUAUUUUGUCUGUCUGUUAGUUAUCUAUUCCUUACCAAAAAAAAAAGAACCAAGAUCUGGAAAGGAACCUCAUAUUUUGCAUCCAAAAUAAAGUUUU